AUGGAUAAGGCAUAUCCUGUGAGUACACCUGUGGUUGUACGAACCUUAGAAAAGAAUAAGGAUCCAUUUCGCCCAAGAGAAAGGGGAGAAGAACUUCUUUGUCCUGAAGUACCAUAUCUUAGUGCCAUUGGUGCACUAAUGUAUCUUGCAAAUUGUACACGUCCCGAUAUUGCAUUUUCUGUUAACCUUUUGGCAAGACAUAGUUCUGCUCCAACUCGAAGACAUUGGACUGGCGUGAAACAAAUAUUUAGAUAUCUUCGAGGAACAAUGGAUAUGGGUUUGUUUUAUUCUAAAGACUCAAAGAUUGAAUUAGUUGGUUAUGUAGAUGUUGGAUAUCGGUCUGAUCCCCACAAAGGUAGAUCUCAAACAGGUUAUGUAUUCACAUAUGGUGAUACCGCAAUAUCUUGGAGGUCUACAAAGCAGACUCCUGCAGCAACUUCUUCGAAUCAUGCUGAAUUAUUGGCACUACAUGAAACUAGCCGGGAAUGCGUGUGGCUAAGACCAGGGAAGGCUACAUUAAAGGAGAUCGAACAAAGCACAUUGAUCCAAAAUUCUUCUUCACUCACGAACUUCAGCAGAGGGGAGAUAUUAAUGUUUGUCAAAUUCGCUCAUGUGAAAAUCCAGCAGAUUUGUUUACAAAAGCACUUCCAACAUCUUCUUUCGAGAAGUUAG